GCCCGAACAACCGCGUGCCAUUUGCACAGUGGACCUCGGUUGGUAUAGAGAGGUACUAGUACUCUGAUGGCAAUCUUGCACAUCGAACCAGCACUGUACGGCCAGCUGCAAGUUGCAGAUGUGGAAGCGAAAGACCGGCCCAGAAACAUACCUUGGUUUUUCCUGAAAGAUGUACAGAGAUCGUUCCAAGGGUUGCGAGUCAUCGUCCAUGUUCGGAAGUGACACGAUGGCCUGUAAAAUAAAUCGUUUGACCUCUUCCUCAGUGUCUGAUUCGGUCAUCUCCAACAUAUGGUGGCUGUGUGCUGAGGGAUUUCUGGUCAAACCCUGUUCCCUGUUCAUACCACCGGGUCUUGCUCAGGAUAUGUCGGCUGUGAGGCUUAUCACGGCCCGGGCAGUCGGCUUGCGACUGUUGGUCGGUGAGAAUGUCGGCACAUGCAGAAGGCUGCGGCAUCGAAAGAGUUGGCCAAACUUGUAUUGAAGCCAUGACGGCGCCAGUGCCCGGCUCCUCAGGAGUUCGAUUGCUGACCGCGCGGAUCAUUUGUCUUUUCCACAGUGCGGUCCUCCUCCACGUUGACAGCACUACAUGCAGAGAAGGGAGCAAGUUCUUCACUUACUAGUUCGGCUCACCUCAUGCAUUCAUAUGUCCAGCCGUGUCGAACACAUGUUCUGCCGAACGCUUCAGUUUCAGGCUGGCCUAGAAUGGCUACACGGAAUGUGGUUGCAAGUCUCGACUGAGGCUGAUGCACAGAGUAGAAGUGGGCGGAGGCCAGAGGAUCCGCUUCAUGGCCAAGGGAGCUUUAUACUGGAAUCUCUCAAGAUCUCACCGGUUGGCCAGUCCUUUUGGAAAAUGACUAGCACAGCUUCCAAUAACCCAAAAGUCAAUACUCGGACUCGUGCAUUUCCAAUGAUGCUACAUUUGCAAUAACCAAAACAGGCAACAUAGUAUAGGAUUGGAUGCUAGAAACCAGCGCAUAGAAGUGCCUGAAAAGUGCUCCGAGGCAUUUCAGGGGCCAAGGUUCUGCAGUGCAGCCAAAGCCUGACGAGCUCCGGCCCGUUAUUAUAAGACAGGAGACUCAGAGGCAACGGGAAACACCCUCUACAAAUAAACUGUUUGUAUGCCGCUUUAUUAAUGCUCAAAAUCUCAUCACAGCUGUUGUCAUCAAUUCAUGUCUAUGCAAUUGCCAUAUAUCAAACAAGCAAUCCAAGUUUAC